GAGUAGCGCAGACUAUAAACUGCGACUACGCUUACAGCAAGCUAUAGCUAGAGAGCUAUACGGUUGUGUAGCUGUAGCAAGCUACGCGGACAGGGCAUAGGAGCAGGCAGGCGAUUCGGGCAGGCAAGCGGACAAGCGGGCAGGCGGGCACAGGCAGGGUCGAGAAAUACUCGACGAUCGUGGAUCAGUGGUCUCGCGGCAGUCGAGCUGUACAGACGUGGAUUCUGCGUCCGCUCUUUCCGCGCUAGAUUCGAUCGAGCACAACGGUUCGUUUCAAUGUUUUUUCCCUCGAUAACCUCCGCGUUCUCUGCUCGAUCGCGACGCGAGUUUAAUGCUCGAGCAAUCCGCGAUUAACCGCGUCGGAAGCACGGUAUCUCGUACACGUUCGCGAGUUACAUGGGAAUCGGAGAUCGUAGCCGAUACUCCGUAUAAUCUGUUGGAGUACGCACGUAGAACAACUCCGGGUCAAGCAACUCCGGCCAUGCAAGAGAAAAAGGAAAAGACCGGCUGGGUGAAAUCGGAGGAUAUGUGAUCGAGUCGCUCCGGAUCGGAAACUGUGUGAGUGAUACGUGGACGCGUCGUUUCGAGAUGGAUUCGAGACGGGGCUCGGCGCUGGUGGCGAUGCUGGGAACGUUGGUCGCGGUCCUGAACGCUACCGACGACUUUCGACGCAUCUCCUACGAUGAUUUGGCGGACACCGCUCUGUUCCAGCAAGAGGGGGUGUCGACGUACUCUCAGCUGCUGUUCGACGUAGCCAGACAGCAGGUUGUCGUCGGAGCACGGGACAAUCUUUACCGAUUGACGCUGACGUCGUUGACGGCGCUGGAGCAGGCCGCCUGGCCCGCCCCGGACGACAAGACCAACACGUGCCAGAACAAGGGCCAGACCGUCGAGGACUGUCGCAACUACGUGAAGGUGCUGCUCAGCAACGGCAAGAGCUUGUUCACCUGCGGCACCUACGCGUUCAGCCCUUGGUGCACCUGGAGAGAGAUCGAGAACAUUACCAGCGUGACCAGCGAGAUGUCGGGCGUGGCGAUGUGCCCUUACUCGCCGCACGCGAACGUCACCGCUUUGCUAGCCAGAGGACCCACCGGGGGGUUGUUCACCGGUGCGCCGAGCGAUUUCUCCGGUGCCGAUUCCGCGAUCUGCAGAUUUCUCGCUUCGCCGAACCUCCGGACGCACCAAUACGACUCCAGGUGGUUGAACGAUCCGCAGUUCGUCGGCAGCUUCGAGACCGAGGACCAUGUCUACUUCCUGUUUCGCGAAUCCGCCGUCGAGUACAUAAACUGCGGCAAGAAAAUCUAUUCGAGAAUCGCGAGAGUCUGCAAGAACGAUCGCGGCGGACAGAUCAUGAUGAAAGAGGUUUGGACGACCUUCGGCAAGGCGCGACUCAACUGUUCGCUGCCCGGCGAGUUUCCGUUUUACUACGACGAGAUCCAAGGCGCCGUUUAUCACGCGGAAGAGGGCAUCGUUUACGCGACAUUUACCACGCCCAUCAACGGCAUCGCGGGCUCGGCGAUCUGCGCGUUCAACAUGUCCGCGAUCACCGCCAGCUUCGAGGGGCCCUUCAAGCACCAGGAGAACUCGGGCGACGCCUGGCACAGGGGCCCGGUCCCUCACCGGUCGCGGCAGCGGUGCGGAAUGUCCGCCGACGUGGCGCCCCAUCAGAUCGUUGACAGCCAGAGAUACCAGCUGAUGGACGACGCGGUGCAAGCCACGACCCUCGAGCCGCUCCGCGUCGCAACCCUCGAGAGGUUCACGCACAUCGCCUUGGACCAGACUCCGACCAAGCUGCACCGUGGCGUUACGGUUCUCUACGUCGCCACCGAUGCUGGCCUGAUCAAGAAGAUCUCGGUGCUGCCCAGAACUCGAGAAACCUGCAUCGUCGAGGUCUGGGGCCCGUUGCCGUCUCCACCGUUGACCCUGCAAUUCCUCAAGGACACGCAGAGUCUGUACGUCGGCACCGAGAUCGGAUUGUCGAGGCUGCCAGCGGUCCAGUGCCAUCGACAUCGUAGCCGUCAGGCCUGCUUGAACGCUCAAGAGCCUUACUGCGGCUGGAACGAGCUGAUGAUGAAGUGCGCGUCUGCGCCGAGGCAGAAUCAUUUGGUGAACCAUUGGCAUCAGGAGGUGACCAAGUGCCCAGUCCUCACGGAUCCCGUGGACGGCGGCUGGAGCGCCUGGAGUUCUUGGUCCGUUUGCCAGCACGGAACCGCGGACCAUGGCCGAUCGCACGUCCACGGGCAUCCGCACGCUCACCCGCACUCGCAUUCGCAUUCGGAGCACGCAGAGGUGACGGACAGCUGUCAAUGUCAAACCCGAGAGUGCAACAAUCCACCGCCGCAACAUGGCGGCGCGAGCUGUACGGGCGCCAGAGUCCGCGUGACCAACUGCACCGUGCACGGAGGCUGGACAGCCUGGUCGGCUUGGUCCGCAUGCUCCCAGACCUGCGGCUUGGCGAUGAGAACUCGUCGACGCUCCUGCACCAAUCCUGCUCCCGCUUUCGGUGGUAGAGUCUGUGUCGGCCAUGAUCACGACGACAUCGUCUGCAUAGACCUGCCGCCUUGCCCCGCGCCGAUCAAGGCCGCGACGCCGUCCCCACAAUCCGGUCAGUGGUCGCCGUGGGGGCCCUGGAACUCUUGCUCGCGACCCUGCAACACUGGAAUUCGAGUGCGCCGUAGAACGUGCGAGAAUCCCUCGAUGCGGAAGUCCGGCGUCGUCGAGUGCAACGGAUGCGACGUCCAGGUGGAAGAGUGCAACAGCCAUCGGUGCGUCGAGACCAAGAGGUAUUCCGGUUGGACGCCGUGGCUCGCGGCGAACGCGACCGCCCUUCAGAUCGUUGGGAACCUCGGGUACGUCGAGAAACGAUUCCGGUUCAGCUGCCGCGCGCAAACCGACGACCCGUCGAGCGUCAGAGUACAGCUCGCCAAAGAGGAGGAGCGUUACUGCAAGAACGAUGGUUCCUGCACCAAAGGUAGCCUCGGCCAGAGCGGCUACGGGGAUCUCGCGGUGGAAACAGGAUGGAGCGAGUGGUCUUCCUGGCGUCUCUGCGACCGGCCUUGCGGCGGUGGUUCGCAACGCAGGGUCAGACAAUGCGAAUCCCCGCCUUGCGAGGGUGGUAUGUCGCUCCAGACGAAAGCGUGCAACACGCACCCGUGCCGGUCGACGAGUCUCGUCGACGACAGCAGCGGGACGGCAGCUGCGAUCGCGGAGAGCCAGUGGUCCUCGUGGACCGAGUGGUCCGAAUGCUCGGCAUCCUGCGGCUCGGGCGUUCGAAGCAGAACCAGGGAGUGUCUCGGCCCGGAAGACUGCGAAGGGCCGCGCCUGGUCCGCGAGACUUGCGAGAUGCCCAGCUGCGAAUCGCUCUACGGAUGGGACACGUGGUCCAGGUGGACUCCGUGCGACGACGAUCGCCAACAGCAUCGGAAACGCUUGUGCGCCGAGCCCGGGGACGGAGCCUGUUUGGGGCCGAGUCGAGAGACGCGCGACUGUAUACCGGAUUGCAUGGACAACGAUGUGAACGCGCUCCGGUCAAGCGUAGAACACUCGGGCGUUACGAUCGGCGUGGUGGUCGCGAGCUGCGUGGUCGGAUUCCUGGUCGGUUUGGCUUUGACAGCGGUCCUGGGCUUCUGCUACCUGAAACGACGGCAGCGACGAGUCCCGGGUAGUCCGCACUACGCUGCCAAGCAGAACCCGUACGUGACAGUGCCGUUGAAAGAAGUGAACGCCAAGCGGCAGCCCAGCUUUUCCGGCAGCACGAACGGUAACGGAACGCUCCGGGGCAAGAACAACGCGAACGUGAACGGCCUCGGGAGCCCGAAACCGUAUCCGAAGAGCCUCGACUACGAGUCCGCCACGCUGAAGCGCAACAGCCACGGCCAGCAACACAUCCGAGUCGACCUGGACCAGGACAAGUACUACUGAAGCGCUGCGAACUCUCUGGAUGGAACCAGUAAUCGCGGGAGCAAAAGGAUCUGCUCGACGCCGAGGAACCGAGCCGUCCAAGGCGGACAGAUCGUUCGCGGGAGGGUUGGAAGUUCGAGACUACGUGUAGGAGGAGAGAUCUGCUCGAUCUGCUCGUGUCAUACUCAAACGACAGCUACGGUUAUUCUUUUUUUAUUGUACAGACAAACGACUUCUCUUCGAGUUUCAUAUCGAACGAAUUAGUGCCAUUGCAUGGAAUUGAACGAAUGCAACGAACCCGAAACGGGAGUGUGCGUGUCGUUGGAUGUAUACGUGUGGAUGCGUGGAUGAGUGGAUGCGUUAUGUGCGGUCGAGGCACAUCGUUUUUAUUGGCUCACAUUGAGUCGCGAAAACGCGUUGAGAAUACGCGCGAACACCGGUCGAGAAUACCAAUAAAGCAACGACCAUUCGUCCGGAUAGGGCGAGCCGUGUCAAAUCGAA